UAACUCUGCCUGGCGGCCUACCUUGCACCUCUCUCAGGUACAGGUAGAUGGCCUGAGCAGACACCUUGAUGUUCUCCAGUUCCAGCACGGCUUUGAUCUUACGGAAACUGAGACCCGCCUUCCGCAGCUCCACCACUUUGUGUUUGGCAGCAUCAUCGAGCCGGCCCAUGGUCAUUCACUUCAGAACAAUCCUGGCACCAUCGCCAACAAAAAGGAAGGAGGAUGAAAAAACAAAAGAUAGAGGUAAAGAAAAAACUGGUACCAAGGAAGGAGAAAAGGAGAGAGGACGGGAGAAAGUAAGGAAACGUCGCAGCGCCUCCUCUGGCAGCAGCAGCAGCAGCAGAUCCAGCUCAUCAUCCAGCAGCAGCUCUGGUUCCAGCUCGGGCUCCUCAAGUGGGUCCAGCUCCUCUGGUUCCAGCCGCUCCGGGUCGUCGAGCUCUCGGUCAUCUUCCUCUUCCAGCUCCUCGGGCUCUCCAAGCCCCAGCCGCAGGCGUCAUGACAACCGCAGACGCUCCCGCUCUCCCUCUAAAACACAGAAGAGGGGAGAGGACAAGGAACGACGAAAACGAAGCCCCACCCCUAAACCAACAAAAGUUCAUUUAGGAAGGCUGACCAGGAACAUAACCAAGGAGCACAUCCAGGAGAUCUUUUCUACUUAUGGGAAAAUAAAAAUGAUUGAGAUGCAGAUCGACAGGCUCCACCCACACCUGAGUAUGGGCCGUGCUUAUGUGGAGUUUGAGACCUCCGAGGAGGCUCAGAAGGCCCUCAAACACAUGGAUGGAGGUCAGAUUGAUGGACAGGAAAUCACUGCAGCUGCUGUGCUGCCUCAGCGGCUCCGUCCUCCUCCUCGUAGACUGUCUCCUCCCCGCAGGAUGCCCCCGCCACCACCAAUGUGGCGUCGCAGCCCACCACGCAUGAGGAGAAGGUCUCGCUCCCCAAGGAGGCGGUCCCCGGCCCGUCGCCGCUCCCGCUCCAGAUCUCCUGGUCGCAGGCGCCACCGCUCUCGUUCCAGUUCCAACUCCUCAAGAUAAACAGGUGUCAUGAGAAAAACCAACCAACAACAAAAUCAAGUGAUUUUUCAAGAAGGUGACACCAGAUCAGCUGUAACUCUUGCUCCCUGGACUCACAAGAAACUAAAAACAUUUCCUGUAGUCGACUGUCUUAAUGAUAGGAGCAGGUGUGCAUUUCUUUUCUCUAUGUUUGCGUUAAGUUGCUUCUGAAAACUUAGUUCAGUUUUUGUGUCUCAAAUGGGAUUUACCCACAUUUUGUUUCAAAUGUGACUUCUUUUUACCUUGUAUUGAAUUUUUAAACAAUUUGAAAAAUAAAAGUGCAGAAUCAAAUUUAAA